AUGGACUCUCCACUCCUCCCGACACUCUCACACCCAAAGUACGAUCCUUCCGACGACGCCUCUCUAUCUCUCGCCGACAUCUCCCUAGGAGAGGACGGUUUCAGUCCUCUUCCCCCACCCAAACAGUUGCAUUCUGCCAAUCUCGGAAAACAGAGGAAUGACAAUGAUCGGACCGGGGGUGGAAAGAAGGAGUCGGGAGUCGAAUUCAAUCUUCCCGACAAGAGCAAUAGCGAGGACAAGCCUAGCGCGUGGGGUGGGGCAGGAAAGCCAAGAUUCUCGCUCUUUGCUCCUCCUCAGGACUAUGAUCAAUCCUUGACAAAAUCUUCCCAUGAGGAUACACAAGACCAGCGUCAGCAAUCCCAAGAAGAGGGGCAAGAAGGCGAAAGCAUCCAGGAGAGACCUGAUGCGGUUCAAGAGCGGGACGAGGAGAGAGUGCAAUCUCAAGCCCAGUCACGCACGGGUGGGGCCAGCACCGACUCGGACAGGGACAAGUGUCUGAGAGAGAGCUUGUAUGAGCUGCGCAAGUUUAAUGAAGUCUUUGACGGCUUCAUUGGCGCGUUGGAUGGGGUCAAGGGGCACAAUGAGCGGCUGGCAGAAAGGGUUCAGCAGACUUCCGCUCUUCUAGACGAAUAUACGGCCAUCCUCGGCCAGUCAGAGCAUACGAAACGGCUCUUGUCAAACCCUCGGUGGACAGGGGCUUCCGAUGAUCAAUCAGCUAUCGCGGCAGAACAAGCCGCUGCCGCCCUUGCUGAAUAUCGCGCACAGCAAGAAGAAGCAGCUCGUAUCGAGGCUCUGCGCCAGGAAGAAGAGGAUCGACAACGGAGAGCCGAACAGCGCGAACAGGAGAAGGCAAAGGCGGAGGCGCUGGCGGCCAGGAGGGGCGUAUCUAGAGGCAGAGGAAGGAUCGGGAUGGGCGCGGGGCGCGGUGGUACUGCUAGAGGCACAGGCAUACCUCGACCAUCAAGUCUCCCUCGACCAAGUAGUGCUAGCGACUCUGCGCCUGGUUCACGGCGGGGUGUGCCUUCGACGACAGCAUCGGGCACUGUAGGCAACUAUACGCAUGUCAAGAGCAGUGGCUAUGGGCCGCGGCGGACAUAG